AUGUUGAAUCAAACCAACUCUCCGUAUCCCAGCGGCCAUUAUGGUGCAAAAGGCUGCAUGCACUUUUACAUAGCAGGUCCUCCCUCCCAGAUUGCAGCUGCCUUUGGCAUGCUGAUGUUUCGCCACCGGCUGGGCUGGCCCCUGGCACUGGCAUGCCUCGCGUGCCAGAUGUCCUGUGCUUCACUCGAUCAGGUUGUGGCAUUCGGCUUCACCUACAACGACAUCGUCGAGGCAUUGCAGGAGAUUCAAGACGAGAAGGCGGGCGCAGUGAAGGCCCACGGGCAUGAAAGGUCGGAGCUGGCCGAAGAUGCCGAGGGCUCCGAGGCGGAGACAGACACGACCGAGCAAAGUCAGCAGGAAGACAGUGCGACGAGUACGACAGCCAGCUCAGAGCCCUCAGAGCACGUCACGUCUGAGGAGACUAGUGCGAAGGUGGCUCGAGAUAGCUUGAAGUGGAAACACUUCUAUGGCCGCUUCCGGUCCAAGCAGGACGAGAGCCCAGAGCGUGAGGAAGACCUCCGACAGUUCGCGAAGUUCCCUGAACUCGUCAAGCUCUUGGAGGCGAAAUCCCACAAGGUCAUCACAAAGAGCAGAGGCUGGAAGCAUCUGCUGGAGAGAAUUAGCCAGGAGAACAAGAACUUCACAGAUUUGAUUAGGAAGUUUGGCUCGGCCGUGAAGCAGGACAACCUCGACAAGGUGCAGCGCGUUGUUUCCGUGCUUGGUGGCAGAGGGUCGUCGACCAGUUCCACCACAUCGAGCCCACAGGAUGCCAAUCCACAGGCAAACCUUGGACUGGAUGAGGAUGAAGACGAGGAGGAAGAGGAAGCAGAAGAGAAGAGCAAGGAUGAGGAUGAAGAAGAGAGCAACGAAGAUGAAGACGAAGAGGAAGACCAAGGCGAGGAUGAGUCUGCAGGGCAGCAGGGUUUGGUGCCCCAAGCUUCGCAGAAGCAGUCUCCGAUUCGGAAAGUGAAAGCUGCCACAACAUCGCAAAGGAGUAAGGAUGGUGCGAAGACAUCGACGACGUCGCCUUCGAAGGAAGGGACGAGUCUGAAAGAGCCACCUGGGAGUUUGGGUAUAGACAAUGACAGCGUGGAGGAUGAUGAUUGA